AUGACAGCCUUCAGUAAAAUCACCAAGCGCAUGCUUGAAAAAAUGCCACCAACCACUACGAAGCCAAUACUUAAUACUGAGCCCCCUAUUCGCAUACCGUCUAUCGAGCUGCACGGCUUCAAGCGCGUCAUGUCAUCCCCCAUCGUAGUAAACACCACAAGCGAGAUAUCCACCACCGCUAUCUUCCCACGCACCGAAAAGAAUCAAAUUAACGGUACCAAUCUCAACAACACAACCAACUCACUGGAAGUCCAAAGUAUUGAAAGUAAUAUCAGUUCUUUGGUGAUCUUCGGUUUCGUAGCGAUAAUUCUUCUGGCCAUUGCGAUGCUUGUGUCAACGGUGGCAAUCUGCUUGAGAGCCAGAAAGAAGGCUGCAAAUGCGAAGAGGCAAAGGGAGGAAGAAGAAGCAGAGGAGGUGGCGAAGAUGAGAUUAUCAGGAUUGAGAUAUCAUAGGGUAGAGUUGAAGAACUUGGGCGGGGUUAUGAGGCCUGAGAGGGCCGUUUAG